GGUGAACAUAUCCGCGUUCGCAACAAUGGUCGUCAUUUCUGUUAUCUUAGACGCACAAUGGAAAUUUCUUUUAUUAUGGAAAUAAUAGAAAUACGGUAACGAUAUGAAGAACGACAAGUCGCAGAUAAGCGUACGCUAAUGAUAGUAUCUCGUUUUUAACAAGUUUUUACAUUAACGACCGGUAUUAAUUACAAUAUUUUUUUGGCAGAAGUUUAGUGCAACGUGUGUUGUAGUAGUAGUAGUACAUAGCAAGAAAAAAAGAAAGAAAAGGGUAAAAAGUAUGUCAAAUUUUUCAAGUGUUUAGUUAAGUUUUAAAUUAUUUUUGAGGAAAAAAAAUCUAUAUAUAUAUAUAUAUAUAUUUGAAUGUAUAAGUGAUAUAUAACGCUAACCAAGACUAAUCGAUAGAUUUUAAGUUUCAUCGUAUUGGUGGUGCCUCAGGUAAACGGUCAUGUGUCAAUGUAACUUGCGGCAGCACUGCCGCCUCUUUAGUAAUUAACCAAACAAAAUGGACACCGAAAUAACGAUUAAGCGAAUACUCGUGCAAUUGUUUUAAGUGAAAUCUUCGAACAAGAUGGAAUCGCCGAUUAUUAAUACAAAUGACUGAAAAUUCCAUCAAAUAACGGUGAACAUUGGAUGUAUUAUUUGGGGGAAAAGAAAAGAUUUUCUAUUAUUGAUUUCUGAAAUAUGCAUUUUUUGUGGACGGCUACUUCCGGUUUUAUUCAGUUAAGCACAGGCUAAAGAAAGAAGAGACAAACAUGGGUACGUUAUUGAUUAUAGAGAAGAUUAUUCGAUACUCUCUUAAGCCUGAGACGGAGGCGAAGAGUCGUGCAGCAUAAAGACAUGGACUCGUACGACCUGUUUGGAGAAGAUGUCAGUGGCUCAAUGCUCGAUGCUCUUCCUGAUCUUGGGGGGAACGAUCAUUUUGACCCGGCAGGUGCGAACAAUUCUGUCGUAGUGUCUAGAGAUGGUCCCAAUCCUGGUCCCAAUGGAGGUGGGAGUUACAUCAGUCAAUCGUAUAGUUUAACUCAAGAAUCUCCUCUUCAAAAAUUGACUUCGUUCGGUGGAUCUGAAUUUGGUAGUAAUAACCCCUUGCAAAAUCCCUCGCAACGUAGUAUGUUUAAUCAAAAUAUCGGCACUUUUGACGGCGGCGCACCGCAACGAGCGAUGGUGCCAGGAGCCUUUCAAAAUCAAGCGCGUAGCUUAGCCCCCCAGCACAGAAGUCCCCAUCCUGGCACUGGGGGGCAGUACCCAACUUAUAGUGACAGUAUGUACUCAAUGGAGCAGCAGCAUCCAAUGGCCAGGGCCAACAUGAGCAUGGACCCUGCAAUGCAAGGAUGGCCAGGUGCAGGAAACGCUUAUCCUCAAAUGCAGAGGCAUUAUAACCAAAUGGCACCUCAACCUGGUACUUAUAGGCAACACAUUCCUCAAUAUCCCCAUCAGCAGGAUCAAACCGGGAUCAAUCAGAAAAUACAGCAGCAACAGCAGCAGCAACAACAACAGCAGCAGCAACACUUCUCUGCUCAACAAGGAAUGAUCAGCAAUAUGGGUGUUCCACAUCAAUCAAUGCAAACCAACGCAGCUACCGGAGUUUACCAACACAUGGUUGGUCAACAACAACAACAGCAACAGCAGCAGCAACACUAUCAGCAGAACAAUCCUGCUGCCAUGUAUCAAGGUGCAGCUGGCUACACAGGUUUCGGUGCCACCAUGCACCAACAACCCCAGCAGCCUCAACCACCCCAGCAGCAGGCGCAAAGAAUGCCUCAUCAUCAUCCGUCCCAUGCGCCUCAUCAAACUCAUCCCUCUCAUCAACAGUAUCCUCAACACGCACCACAACAUUCUGUCAAUCAGCAACCACCCAUGGAUCCUCAGUAUCCCCAUCAUUCGCCGCAAAUGUUCAAUCAACCUCAACACUCCGCGCCCGGACCACAGUUUAAUGCCAGUAAACAUGGUACGAGUCCUCAAUAUCGAUCGUCAUUUCCACAACUCUCGCCACAGAUGUCUCCUAGGCCACAAAUGUCGCCCAGACCGCCUCCAGUUCAACAACAAAUGUCUCCUAGGCCAAUUAUGUCACCCGCUAAACCCAACACUCUCUCGCCUCAUCCACACGUACAAAUGCCACAUCAGCAGCAAGGACAGCCAGGUCCCUUGUCUGUCUCGCCCUGUCCUCCGACAUCAAUGCCAAUGAAUCCAUCUGCCUCGUCGCAACAAACCACUCUUCAAGCCCUGGAACAAAUGGUCAUACCGGUAGCCGUCUCGAAUCCCAACGUGCCAAGCCAGGACUAUGUACAGUUCCAGUCGCGACCGCCAAUGUCGCACUCUUCGAACAUUUUACCCCAGCCGCCAGCACAAAACUCGAUGCCACCGGUGACUGGACCCAGGAUGCCAAUGCCCCAAUCUUGGCCGCCUCAUCCUCCUCAACAACCUCCUCAACAACAACAACAGCAGCAACAAAUGUCACCCAUCAGGCCGAGUAUGUCCGUUCCCGACAACCGACAAAUGAUGGAGUCCCAGUCGCCCUCGACCUCCGAACAAAACUCCUCGCUGUUUCCAGUAAACGGCAACGACAGUAUUCACAACGUAGUCGAAACAACAACCACCGAACCGCCAAAAAUCGUGCAAAGUUCCAUCGCACCCUCAGUGACCGAGAGCAACGAAACGCCCGAUCAAACCGGCGCGACUCCAAUGCAAAGUUCCGAAGUAAUGGCUCAACAAGGCGGGAGUCCCGCGCCGAGUAAUUCCUCCUCCAUGGAGCAACCACCGAAGCAAACCCAUCUCGAGCCCGUUCAGUCUCUGCCCGUCUCGAGUACCAGCAGCAACCUAGAGAGCAGCCACGACUCGCCACAAUUGCAAUCCGUUCAACAGCAAUCGCAAAUGCAGUCCUCGCCAGCUCCCAGCGUCGAAUGCAAAACGCCAGACACUCAAAGCAGCGAACAGACUUCCGAACUUCCAGUCUCGCAACCACAAGCCAGCCAAUAUGGACCUUCUUCGCCUCACGUUUCGCAGACGUCGCCCCAACACUCGCAGCACCUUCCACCACACUUGAGCCAACCGCAAAUCGCCCAACAAGUUCCGCUGCAAAUUUCGCAGCAAGUUCCGUUGCAAGUUCCGUUGCAAAUUUCGCAGCAAAUUCCCCAGCAAGUUCCGCAGCAAAUCUCUCAGCAGAUUCCGCAGCAAAUUUCUCAGCAGAUUCCGCAGCAAAUUUCACAGCAAAUUCCCCAGCAAAAUCCGCAACAGCAACAAAUGGUCCAGUCAAUAAAUCAACAACCCCAACAAUCGCAGCAAAUCUCCCAAACGCAGUCGCCACUGAGCCAAACUCAGCAACAACCACCAAUCGGACAUUCUCCACAGCCGCAGAUCAGUCAGUCCCAGACGCCACAGAUAAGCCAAUCGCAAACUCCCCAAGUGAGCCAAUCGCCCCAACUAACUCACCAGCAAAGUCAAUCCCCACAGAUAAAUCAAACCCCCCAAAUAAGUCAAUCGCAAUCGCAAUCGCCGCAAAUCAGUCAAUCACAAAUGCAGACGUCUCCACAACAGCCGGUGAUGUCCCAAGUCGCGCCAAUGACACCGCCUCAGCCACUGGGUCAAACACAACCAGUAUUAGGUCACUCACCACAACCACUAAUGACCCCUCAAAUGGGACAGAAUAUCCCCCAACAGGUGAAUAUAAUUUCACCGAAUUUACCCACGCAAAUUUCUUCUUCUUCUCAUCAACAACAAAUACCUCCACAGAUUCAAAAUUCAGCGCAGCAAAUUCCAAACCAAGCAGCACCGGCUCAACAAACGGGAAUGGGAAUGUCACCACAGCCGGGCUUUGGGGAGUACACGAAUAUCCAAAAGCCGAAUAGUAUGUAUCCUAAUGAUAUGAUGGUUGGUGCCGGACAACCAUACCAUACUGGUAAUGAGGUUGUUGGUAGUAGUGCAAUGCCGAAUGUGUAUGGAAUGCCACCAGGAACAACGCCAACGCCCGUUGCGCCGGCUGCCUUUAGUUCCUGUGCUCCGGUGACUCAUCAUCAGGAAAGGGCGGCUCUGCAACAGCAAUUGCAGGAAUUGUAUUGCAUGCCACCGGCGCCUGAGAAUCAGGAGAAAAUUGUCAAUCUUCAGGAGAAAUUGCAAGCACUUCAGCAGCAUGAGACGAAUGAACAGUGUAAUGGAGGACCGCAGUGCAUUCUUCAGACUCCGAUGUUCACUGCUGCUGCUGUUCCUGCUCCUGCUCCUCUUCCUACUCCUCCUGCUCCUGCUCCUGCUCCUGCUCCUGCUCCUGCUCCUGCUCCUGCUGCUGUUGCUGUUGCGGCUACUGCUACUGCUACAACUACUGCUACUGCUACUGCUACUGUUGUUGACAGUCCUCAGGUUUCGAGUACAACUGGCCGGGGUCGUAGUAAAGGAACGCCAAGGGCAAAGAAAAGUCGCAAGAAAGCCGAUAAGGAAGCGGCAGCUCCUGUGACACCACAAACUCCGCAAGCUGAACAACCGUUAUCUGAUAAUCUAGUCACUCAAGGAGACAGCAGCAAUGUUGUGGACAGCGCGGCCGACUCUGAAGACAUAAAGCCGUCCUCAGGUGACAUCGAGGAGGAAUGGAACAAGACAAGAAAAGCAAGAUCGCCCAGAAAGCCAAGAAAGCCGAAAGAACCCAAGGAACCAAAAGAGCCGAAACCGAAAAAGGAACCUAAGCCACCGAAGGAGGCGAAACCGCCGAAAGAGGCGAAGGUCCGCAAGAAGAAGGAGAAGGAAGUCAAGGAGGGCUCUAAGCGAAGUAAAAAGAAAGCCGCAGUUCAAGCAGAGUCUACAGAUGAUGUCAAUGAAGAUGUCUCUGCGAGUGAUUCGACAGCAAUUCAAGACUCAGAUAUUAAGUGCAGCAAUUCGUCAGUGCAAGACGAUAAUGAGCAAGUGGAUUCAUCGACAAAAGAACCAUUGGUUUCAGAGUCGAAGGACGAAAAUGAUGAAAAGGGAGAAUCGGGCGAUGCUGGCGAUGAUAAGAAAGAGGAGGACAAAGAUGCUGCAACUGAAAGUGCAACACCCGCGAAGAAAAAAGCCUCCAGUCGAAAACGUCCCUCUGGUGGUAAAUCGACAGCUGGAAAAUCACCACGAAGUUCCAAAAAACGAAAGAGUCGAAUUGCUCCGGAUUCGGAUGGCGAGGAAUUGGCAGCUACGCCUCCACCAUCACCGGAAGCCGGGGACGAUCUGAAUAAACGAAGAUCAGCGAGAAAUACACAUCGAAAGAAGUACGUCGAUGACGUGAUGCUUCGCUUCUCCGACGAUGAAGUUCCCCUUCAAGACGCUCAAUCCAACAAGAAAUCUGAAUCUUCAGGUCAAUCGAAACCGACAUCAGUCAAGAAAGAGCCUGUUGAAGGCGGAGAAAUUGGACCGAACAAGCCAAACUUUGUAUAUAUUAACACGACUGACGAGGACUCGAUGGUAGUUCAGCAUUUCCUGGUUGCUCGCAUGGGCAAGCGAGAGGUGAAACCAGCGCCAGUAGUUGAAGUGAAAAAGGAAGAGGAGGAAGAAAAGACUGAAAAGACUGAAGAACCUAAAUCUGAGGUUGACGAUAAAGAAGCGGAGACGGCGACUGUCGAGAAAGACACGAAAGAUGAAAAACCAAAAGAAGAAGAAGAAAAGGAAAAGGAAAAAGAAGAAGAGGAGAACGAAGAGAAAGUUGAGACGACCAAGGAAGACAAAAGUGACGAUGAAGAGACUAAAGAAACAGAAAAAGAAAAAGAAACGGAGACAGAGACGGAGAUGGAGAAAGACAAAGACAUUGAAAAAGAAAAUGAUGAUGGUGAUGAAAGCAAGGGCAAAGAACUCGUUCCAACGACACCGAUAUCUUUAGACACAAGUACCGAAGCCAAACCUCAAUGGAUUGAAGUUGAAGAGUAUUUGGUGAAAUAUCGUAACUUCUCAUAUCUUCACUGCGAAUGGAAAACAGAGGAAGAACUCUAUAAAGGUGACAAGAGAAUCCAAGCGAAAUUGAAGCGAUUUAAGCAGAAACUUCAACAGAAUACGAAUAUUUUUGAAAAUACUGAAGACGAUCCAUUUAAUCCCGACUUUAUUGAAGUGGACCGAGUGUUAGACGAAGCAACACAUACGGAUCCUACGACUGGUGAAACGGUUCGGCAUUUCUUGGUCAAAUGGCGCUCUCUUCAAUACGAGGACUCAACAUGGGAACUGGAGGAAGACGUUGAUCCAGAAAAAAUUGCACUCUUCCAUAGGUUUAACAAACUUCCACCUAAAGAUCAAUGGAAGCCGAAGAAAAAGCCGCCAGCUUCAGGUUGGGAGAAAUUGGAAAAAUCGCCAAUUUAUAAAAGCAACAACAGUUUGAGGCCCUAUCAACUUGAAGGCUUAAAUUGGUUACUCUUUUCGUGGUACAAUGGACACAAUUGUAUUCUAGCCGAUGAAAUGGGUCUCGGUAAAACCAUUCAGUCCUUGACUUUUGUCGACGCUGUAUAUAAAUAUGGAAUUCGCGGUCCAUUCCUGAUAAUUGCUCCCUUAUCCACUAUUCCAAAUUGGCAAAGGGAAUUCGAGGGUUGGACGGAAAUGAAUGUCGUCGUCUAUCACGGAUCAGCGGCGAGUCGUACAAUGCUACAGGAAUACGAGGUCUACUAUAAGAAUGACAAGAAGCAGCAAAUAAAAGACUUGAUCAAAUUUAACGUACUAAUAACAACGUUUGAAAUUAUUAUAACCGACUUUAAUGAACUGAAAGGUUAUAAUUGGAGACUGUGUGUGAUUGACGAAGCGCAUAGAUUGAAAAAUCGUAAUUGUAAACUACUCGAAGGUUUGAGACAAUUGAAUCUAGAGCACAGGGUACUUCUUUCCGGUACACCAUUACAAAAUAAUGUCAAUGAACUGUUCUCGUUGCUCAAUUUCUUAGAACCAAUACAAUUUGCAAGUAGUGAAGCAUUCCUUAAAGAAUUUGGAAAUUUAAGUAGCGAAGUGGAAGUACAAAAAUUACAACUUCUAUUAAAACCAAUGAUGUUGCGUCGAUUAAAGGAGGACGUUGAAAAAUCUCUUGCACCAAAGGAGGAAACUGUCGUUGAAGUUGAAUUAACAAAUAUUCAAAAGAAAUACUAUCGUGGUAUUUUGGAAAAGAAUUUUUCAUUUCUCGCUAAAGGUACGACGUCAGCGAAUAUUCCAAAUUUAAUGAAUACAAUGAUGGAAUUAAGAAAGUGUUGUAUUCAUCCAUUUUUGCUUAAUGGUGCCGAGGAUCAAAUUCAAUUGGAUUAUAAACAUGAGAAGGAGGAUAAUGAGGCUUAUUAUCAAGCUCUAGUAAAUAGUUCUGGAAAAAUGGUGCUUAUCGAUAAAUUAUUACCGAAACUUAAGGCCAGUGGUCAUAGGGUUUUGAUUUUCAGUCAAAUGGUCAAGUGCCUGGAUCUUCUGGAGGAUUAUCUUGUCUAUAAAAAAUAUCCUUAUGAGAGGAUUGAUGGACGAAUUCGUGGAAACUUGAGACAAGCUGCGAUUGAUCGAUACAGUAAACCAGAUUCUGAUCGUUUUGUCUUUUUGCUUUGUACGAAAGCAGGAGGUCUGGGAAUUAAUCUCACGGCAGCUGAUACUGUGAUUAUUUACGACAGCGACUGGAAUCCUCAAAAUGAUUUACAGGCACAGGCGCGUUGUCAUCGAAUCGGCCAACAAAAAAUGGUCAAGGUUUAUCGUCUACUCUGUCGAAAUACCUAUGAACGAGAAAUGUUUGACAAGGCUUCGUUGAAACUUGGAUUGGACAAGGCUAUUCUUCAAUCAAUGAAUACAACGCAAGGUGGCAAGGAUCCCAAUAAUAAGCAAUUAACAAAAAAAGAAAUUGAGGAUCUAUUGAAGAAAGGAGCUUAUGGAGCCAUUAUGGACGACGAUAAUGCAGGCGAUAAAUUCUGCGAGGAAGAUAUUGAUAUUAUUUUAGAGAGGAGAACGCAAAUUAUUACAAUUGAAGCGGAGAAGGGUUCAACAUUUUCAAAAGCAAGCUUCGCCUGUUCGUCAAAUAGGUCCGAUAUUAAUGUUGAUGAUCCUGAUUUUUGGAAGAAAUGGGCCAAGAAAGCUGAAAUCGACACAACCGAGAAGAAGGAGGAGGAUGAACUUGUUAUUUCUGAGCCUAGACGUAGAACGCAAAUUAAACGUUACGGUCAUGAUGAGUCCGUUGUCGAUAUGUCAGAACUGGACAGUUCGGAGGAUAACAGCGAUGAUGAAUUAGGCGGCGGCUUAACUGGCAGAGGAAAGAAACGAAGAGAUAAAUUCAAAAAUAGAAGUCGCAAAUUCUACGACGAGUACGUGCCACGUGAAGGCGAAGUGGUCUACGGAAGUUGGGCCCGAAGUGAAUGCUUCAAAGUUGAACGGGGCCUUUUGACAUUUGGAUGGGGACGAUGGGACGAAAUUUUACAACACAGUCAAUUCCGACGCGGCUGGCGUGAUAUUGACGUUGAGGAUUGCGCCCGUGUUAUUCUUCUCUAUUGUUUGCGUUACUAUCGUGGCGAUGAAAAAAUUCGCAGCUUCAUUUGGGAUCUGAUCACUCCAAUUGAAAAUGGCGAGAAAAUAAAGACAAUGCCUGCCAAUUCACCGGGGAGAAAUAGUAGACAAAAGAAGAAGUCUCGCGUUCGCGAGGGACGCGAAACACGUGGAGCAAUUGUCAACGGUGGACCAAGCGAUCCAAAUCACUGGAGUAAUGCCGAGAAAUACGACGGUGACAUCUUUCUCGAGAGCAACUACAAAAAGCACUUGAGUCGCCAUGCUAAUAAAGUUUUAUUACGAGUAAGAAUGCUGUAUUACAUCAAGCACGAAAUAAUCGGUGAUCUAGUGCAACACAUUUCUGACGGCGUUCACGUAAGUGCGUUGCGGAUGAAUACUCCACAAUUGGCAGACCGACCAGCGAAAUGGUGGGAUUCAACGGCAGACAAGUCCUUAAUCGUAGGAUGCUACAAGCACGGCUAUGAGAAUUACGACCAGAUGAGGGCCGAUCCUACGCUUUCUUUCAUUUCAAGCUGUCCUCUCCCUUCCCCGACUCAGAUACAGACCACUCAAAAUAAGGAGGAAAGCAGUUUAGAAACCGAGAUCGAAGAAGGUGAGUCGUCUGGUAUAAUGAAGGAGUGCAAGGAUUUGGAUAAAUUCGGAAGAGUCACUCCUGCUGAUUCGCCAGCGAUUUCCAGCAAGGCUGAUACUCCAGUUCCGGAAGCUGGAAGCAGUCACGACGGUAAUGAACAAAUUAUGGAGGAUGAAAAAAAUUGGCCCUCAGUCGUCGAUCUCAAUACACGAUUACGUCGAGUUAUCACCUCUUAUCAACGAAAUGUCAAGAAAGAGGACGUGAAUAAAACCUUUCCCAAGGGAAAAAUCGGCGAGGGAGAGACGAGUAAUCAUCAGGGUACAAUGAUUGAACCUCCUUUAAAUAUGCAAGGAUGGGAUUUACAGCAACUUGCCAUGUAUUUAUUGAAAAUGGAGAGGAGGGAAAAAAUGGAAGCUAUGGUGAAGGAAAGGGAACGAACACGUAUCGAGGAGCAAAAAGCCAAGUGGACUCGUCGCGAGGAAAGUGAAUUUUUACGUGUAAUUUCUACUUAUGGUGUCAAUUAUGAUAGAAAAAAGGCUCAAUACGACUGGACGAAAUUCAAGAGUAUCGCUCGAUUUGACAAAAAGACGGACAACGAUCUCACGGACUAUUACAUGUCUUUUAGAGCGAUGUGCAAAAAGGUUUGCAGUUCAAAGGCAAAUGAGGAAGAAGAUUCAACAGAAAUGUCAGUGGAGCAUUUAAGUCCCAUUAAGGCUCGACAAAUACUCGAUCGAGUUGAUCUACUGAGCAAAAUUCGCGAAGACAUUCUCUCUCAUCCGCAUCUGGAGGAACGACUCUUGCUCUGUCAACCAUCGGCAGAUACGCCCGAAUGGUGGCAAGCGGGAAAACACGACAAGGAACUUCUUCUUGGUGCAGCAAAACACGGCUUGGGUCGAACUGAUAUAACAAUCUUGAACGAUCCCGAUUUUUCGUUUCACAAAAUUCUCGGCAAAAGUAUUUACAACAGCGUUCAAGUGGCAAAAAAUAUCGAGAAAGCCGAGAAGGCAAUCAAAUUAGAAAAUAGAGACGAUAUUCUGAAAUUCGACAAAGACGAAAUUUUGGUUAAAUUAGAAAAAGGUGAAGGCACUUUGAAAAUUGAAAAAGUUGGAAUCAAGAAGGAUAAAGACACACAGGCGAGUGAGAAAAAAGUCGAAGUCUUGGGUAAUGACAAGGGACAAGUCGAAAUGACUCUUGUUAAAUCGGAGUCCUUCGCUGAAAGUAAAUUGGAAAAUAUCGCUGCUAAUAACGGUCUUACUAUCACUACCGUCAAGGCAAAAUCACCUGAAAAGGAAAUUCCGAUCUCGAAAAUGGAAACCGAUGUCGAGAAAGCAGAACCAAAAGAGGAAGAAGAGAAAGAAAAGGAGGAGAAAACUUCUGACGAAAAGGAACUGACGGCGGAAGCCGAGAAAGAAGAUCAGGAACAAAGUGAGAAAAAGUCGAAGAACGAGGAAGAAAAUACCGAAAAAGUAGCUUCUGAUGAAUCUGAAAAAAUUAUGGAAACUAAGGAAGAGAAGAGCGAAGAGAAAGCGAUUUCCGAGAAUGAAGAUAAAGCCGAAACAAAAGAUGUUGAGGAAAAGAAGGAAAAUGAGAAAGAAGGGGAAAAGUCCCCUGAAAUUGAGAUGGAAAUCUCAAAAGAAGGGGAGAUGGAAAAAGAAAAGGAGAACGAGAAAGAAAAUGAGAAAGAAUGCGAAAAAGAGAAAGAAAGCGAAAAAGAGAAAGAAAGUGAAAAAGAGAAAGGAAGAGAAAAAGACCAAGGGGAAAACAGUGGAGAAGAAAAGGUGAAGAUCGAAAAUUCUGAAGAAGCCUCAAAAGAAGUAAAAGUCGAAGAGACUAUUUCCAAAGCAGAAGAAACCGUCAAAGAAGAGGAAGUAAAAAUACAAGAACAAAAAGAAAUCGACAAAGCACCAAUCGCAAAAGUCGAAGAUAAAUGCAGCGUUCAAGCUGCCGAAUUGAAAGCAAUGUUCCCCGAUCUAGAAGUAAUUCAACCCCUCUCGAGAUUGACGCAAGUCGAUACAUUUGUCCUUCGCGAUAAGGCAAUUGACUACAAUGAACCGACCGUCGCUCAAUUACUCGCUCACAGUUAUCAGUCCUCAAUAAAAUGGCCCAAGGAGCACGCAAUCGAGGCGCGUUUACGUCACAUUGUACACGCCGUCGAGCAAAAAGAAUGGCCCGUCACCGUCAAUUUCACUGCCGGCGAUGAAAUCGAAACUGUCAACGAAAAAGAUAAUUCUGAAGUGAUCACAAUAACAACUGAUCACGGCAUUUCAAGAUCACUCGCCGCCGUUAAUAAUAUUGCAGCGGCAGCAGCAGCCGCUAAGAAGCGCAAGCGACACAUUGCCAUUGAUGUUGAAACGGAACGAGCCAAGUUGCAUGCACUUUUGAAUAGUAGUCAUAUGACCACACAACCGCCGGUUCCAUUGACGAAGCCGCCAAUUCUUUCUGGCAAUGCAAAUUGGGAAGCGAACGAGGAGUCACAAUCGGAGGAAUCGAGGCGUUCGACUCCCGUUCAACCGCCACCGGCUCAUCAGCAGACGAGAACACCGGCUAUGCCGUUUGACUUGAAGUACACUCUCCAGGGAAAAACUACUGUCAUUCCCGGUACUUCGAGUACAUUGACACCUAUUGAUCUAUCAGCUGGAUAUCCUAAACCAGCCACGGAGCCAACUAAAGACAUAAUGAACGAAGUGCAAGAUUUCUCGAUGCCAAACAAGGUUAAACAAAUCAGUAGCAAUAAGGGAAAACUGGACAGUAUGUUGGACAAAUUGAUGAAGAGGAAGAAUUGCCCGACUGAUGAGCCCGUCGUUGGUAAGGAAAAGAAACGACGAAAAUUGGAUGAAAUCGUACUGGGAUUAAGUGCGGCGAAGGAACAACAGAGUAGCCAUUAUCCGGAACAUGGAAAGAAAAGCACAAUAACGCCGAACGUCACUGUAACACCGACUUCGGCACCAAUUGGUCUUCCCACUCCGCCAACGCCUCUAUCGCAAAAACCAUUUUCAAUCACCGUCACAUCGAUUCCAUCAUCGCGUGCAUCUGGCUCAUCGUCCAGUGUACCGCCACCCUCUAUACAUUCGCACAAAGACAAUUUCUCCGCUUUGUUCGCACAGGCGGAACAACAGAAUCGUGAACUCGCCAAGAAGCAGCAUCAACAUCAACAACAACAACAGCAGCAACACGCCUAUAAUUCCGUGCAUGCCUCACCAUCGUCAUCGUCAUCGUCGAGUCAUCGAAAGAAUUACGAGGCAAUGAUUGCCGACAUUCACAAAGUCGCCGAAUAUUCCUCGAAAGUUGGUUCCUAUUCGCACGAAGCCAAAGUCAAUAAAUGGCUCGCCGAACAAACAGCAAUGUCGGAGCAAUUAAACGCCGAGUACCUGAAUGCCCCCAGACGAAGGAGACCGCGUGUCGAUCCUUCUGCGCUCAAUUGGAAGAAUUUAACCGGCGAGGAGAAUGUCGCCGUCAUCAAUAGAUUGACCGGCAAAAAGGUGACUGGAAGUAAGGCUCCUCAAUUAAAGCGUCUAGGACAAUGGUUGAUGGAGAAUCCAAUGUUCGACGUGGAUCCAAAAUGGGCCGAAUUGGUGAAAGAACGUGGAAAUCUUCCUCACGAUCUGCAGAAGAGACUACCGGGUUCCGAGCGAAAUGGCAACAAAGGAAAGAGUCCAGGAAGACCGCCAAUGAUGCCGAGUCCAACUGGUCAACAAUCGGUGAAUCCAGCAAAUCUCGCGGCCACAUCAAUGGCGUCGAGUCUUAAUUUCCCAGCACUCACGAACAUCAACAGUUCGAUUCUCUCAGGACUCAACCUCGGGAAUUUUGAUCCGAAGAACAAUCCUCUCCUCAUUCCGUUCGGUGGUCUACCAAAUCUAGGCGCCCUCGGUGGCCUGGGUAACCUCGGCAGUCUGAGUAACAUGAGUCUGACAAAUUCCCUCUUUGCCAAUCUCGCCGGUCUCGGUCUGCCCUCCCUCGCCGGAAUGGAGGCCGCACUCGGAGCAACCGCAACCAGCACAGCCGACACGAACGUCGUCACAUCCGCGAGCAGCAACAAGCUAUCAACCAGCACCAGUAGUUCUAGCAAAUCACGCACCAAAAUGGAACCGCCGACCAGCAAAUCAUCAGCACCAUCGACAUCGACCGCCUCAAGUCUACCCACAACCGCACCGUUCCCCUUCUUCUUCACGAAUCCUAGCCUGCUCUACACUCCCCUAGGUCUCGGUGGUCUGGGUCCCGGCGGUCUCGGCCCCUUCUCCAUGCAGCCCGGCAACGUCUCCUCCACCUACGAAAGUCUCGCGCAAUGCGGUUUGCUCAACACCCCCACGUCCAGUGCAUCCACAUCCUCCUCUCGAAAAUCCACCUCCGCAUCGACCUCGAGUUCAAGGCGCGAUCCCGAACCCAUGAAGCGCAAGGAACCCGAGAAGAAGCCCCGCUAUCCCACCGAUGGCACCAGUUUACAGCAGUUCGUCGAGAACGCCCAGCACGAGGAGCGCAAACGAAUCGAGGCCCAAGAGAAGCGCGAAGCCAUCGAACUCAGCGAAAUCGCCGACCUAUCGGCCCGAAUCGAACGAAAAACCAAGGAACAAGAAAUGAAGGAGGCUCUCGAGCAGCUCAGUAGAUCCAGCGCCGAACUACUCACCCGCAACUUCAUCGACGAACGCCCCGCCAAACGGGGCCGAAGUUCCGAUCCUCCAGAACCACAAAUUCCCCCCUCACUCCAGGUCACCCUUGAGCCCGUCUCCAAGAAGCCGAAACCGAGCGAGAAAGUGGAAAGGGCCCCCGAGUUGAUGAAAAUCAUCGAAAGGGCUGAAAGGCCCGAAAGGAUCGAAAGGAUCGAAAGGAUCGAGAAAAUUGAUAAGGGCGAAAGAAGUGAAAAAGCCGAGAGAAUCGAUAAAGGCGAGAGAGUCGAAAAAGUCGAAAAAGUCGAAAAAGGCGAAAAAGGCGAUAGAAUCGAAAAAGGCGACAGAAUCGAAAAAGACGACAAAAGCGAAAGAAUCGAAAAGGGCGAAAGAAUCGAGAAAAGCGAAAGAAUCGAAAAAAGCGAAAGAAUCGAAAGAUCCGAAAAAGCUCCGGAAGCGAAAAUAAUUGAACAAAAGGAGUCGAAAGUCGAGGAGGAGGCGAAAAUGGUGGAAGUGGAAGCGCCACCAACACCGGAAGUAAUCGCCCCGAUUCCAAAGGAAGAAGAAGCAUUAGGAAAAGAGGAGGAAAUUGAAAAAGAGAAGAAAACCACAGCGCCAGCAAAAGACGAAACCGAACCACAAGUAACAGUCGAAACGAAUUUACCAGUUGCGACAACGACGACGACGUCGUCGACGACAAAUUUGACAAAAGCCGAUGAGGAGGAAACAAAGUGUCAAAAAACAAAAAAACCACGCGGUGGUAAACGAUUGAGUGUUGAACCACCGCCGGAGAGAAAGAAUCUACGUUCCAGCGCGGGACGACAAGCGCGAGCAGCCGCCGAACGUCAAGCGCGAAUGGAAGGUGAACAACACGCUGAACAUCAAGAAACUCAUGGUUCGGGUGAGUGAGGACACGUUAAAAAGUUAACAAGUGUUAUUAGUGAUGAUAACGCGAGUGCACAACGUAAAACUACAGUUCCGCCCAAAAACACUAAAAAAGUUGUUGUUGUUGUUGAAAAAAAAGUGAUCGUCCGACGUUCGACACGAUCGACAAAAAAGAAGAAGAACUCUAACAUUUAGAGAAAUUCUUCGAAAAACUCUGAUAAUAGUGAAAUUAUUUAACAAAAAAAAAAGAUGAAAAACAGGAACGAAAAAAUUUGGCUAAAUAGAAUAUAAAUAAUAAACGUGAUAAGGCAAAAAAAAAUACGAUUACUAUCGUAAAUUCUUUUUUGCGUGAUGAUGAAAUAAAUUCUUAAUUACAUAAUAACGUUGUAAUGAAAUAUAAUUUUUGUUAAAUUUACUAUCUUUUUCCAACGCAUUGGUUUCGACCAAGGACUGUUUUAUAUAACUGCGCUAUUAUUAUAAUAUUAUUAACAUUAUUAUAUAUAUUAUAUAUAUUAUCGCAUAAUAAUUGUAAUAGUGCGAAGACCGUAAAUCAAGUAAUUAACUUAAAGAAAAAAAACGAAAGUGUAAAUAUUUUACGAUCCGCCUAGAUAUCAUAAGUAAAUCGUGUACUUGGAAAAAGUGUAUAUAAUGCAGUGUACUUUUAAUUAUAAUAUUAGGUAAAAUAAUAAAAAAAAACGGCUUCUUUUGUUGUUUGCAAGUAUUUUCGUUAAUCUUUUUCUGUUUGAACGAAAAGCUUGAGUUUUUUUUAAAGAAAAUAGGUGAUGACUUUGUUCGACAAAAAUCAAGUGUGUGACGAAAAAUUUUUUUCCAUGAAUAGCUGCUUGAAAUUUCAAAAAAAUUUUCUUUUACGACAUUUUACGAAAUACUUUUAUAUAUACUGUUUUUUUUCUUUUUUCUGACAAAUUUUUUUCUUUGCCUACUCGAUGAAAUGAUAAAAAUUUUAAUUUAUACACUAUUUUUGAAUGAAUUUAUUUUAUUUUUUAAAAUAUUUUUCUCAUGCUUCUUUCUUUUUUUAAAGAAAUAAAUUGACAGACAGAUUUUUUGACUUGAGCAGCUGUCAAAUUGAGAAAUGUUGUUUCUCGUUAAAAAUUUGACUUAUAUUUGAAUUUUCUGUAAAUUUUCAGAAUGUUUAAAAAAAGGAAAUAAAAAAAAUAAAUAAAAAUCAACUGUACUAUUUGUGUCAAUUUUACAUGUACGCUUUUGUGUUUAACAAAAAAGAAAUUUCAUGAAUGCGCUUGGCUGUGUUUUUAAAUUUCAGCAUUUUUGUUUCCAAUAUAUUUAAAAAUUAUUAUUAUUAUAUAUAAAAAAAGUUUCGGUUGUGAUUUAAGUCUGUUUAUUGUCAAUAAUGAAUGAGAAAAAAAAGGAAAAAAAAAUUGUAAUUAAUUUUUAGACAAUUCAAACUGAAAAUAACGAAAUGCAAUAGGUGUAAUAAAGUGACGAAAUGUAACUUUCUGAAAUUUGUAGUGUUCUGAAAAAAGUGAAUUUCUUAAAAAUAAAAAUAAUUACAAGUUCCAA